UUUCAUCGCAGGACACAUUAUCACACAUAUAAACCUAUUUCUAUGGUUCAAGACAGCAUUUUAGACAUUUCCCUCUCAGAACUUUUAUUUAAAUGCUUCGGCAAUCCGAAUAAGAUGCGUUAAAGCUGAACAACUAUCCAUAUUUCAGACUGCUAUCUAUUGACCCAAAAGUAUAUUUAAUUUGGCUGAGAAAUCCAGUGAGGAUGAACUUCAAAGAACUUGUCAACGAAGUCGCAAGGUUCCUGGAGGAGUUUCAAGAAGACAAACACUGCAUUGACAGUUUUACACAGGAUACUGCCAAGAAUCUUCAGACUCGUUCCUCUGCUGAUCAGAAGUUUAUUAUCAAUACUCUGUAUGGAUGUAUCAUGCACAAGAAGCUUUUGGACGUUGUAGUCAACAUCUUUUACCUUCACCAUGGAAAAAAGAUCUUCAGGGUGGACCGGAACCUGUUCAUUGUUGUCUGUUAUCUUGCCAUGUUCUGUCUUGAUGAUCUUGGCCUGGAGAAUUUCAGCAGAAUUAUCAAGUCGCUAGACAUCGCAAAAAUGUACAAAUUCCUGAGUUUUUUCUUUAACGUCAACAACCUCACAACACAUAUCCAGAUGGAAUGGAGUCACAUCUACGAUGCUGCUGUUGUGGAUGACAACUGGAUCACCCCAUUGCUGAGUUGGUGCAGUGAGAUUGAGAGGCUGUUGGAUCAGCUCGCCAUAAAAAUGGGCAGAGGGAGUGUGCCAAAAAGAUCUCCCAGGAAAAACACAGAGCCCAAGGAAUUUGAUCUGACGAAACCUAAAGCUCGACCGCUCCCUGCGCCUGAAGUCAUUCCACAGCAGGACAAGCCCAAGCCGGUACCAGCAAGCACUCACAUAUCUCCAAAGGAACCAGAGAUUCUGGACGGGAUGAGGCAGACGAAUCGACAGAAAGCUUUUCAAACCCUGAACGAAGCAAACUCCCAGCAGUUCAGAUGUGCAAACCCGCAAAAGUCUGAGAAAACUCAAAACAUAAGAUCACAGAUUAUUCAUAACCGGGAAGCUGGACUCAAAUUUGACAAGACUUAUACUUCUGGCAGCCCUUCAACUCAAAAGACAAACAGCUUACCUGUCAGACUGAACACAACUGCCAUACUGCGAGAGGGAGCUUUAUAUAAUAAACAACUGGAAGGAGAGUUACAAAGAUUAGAGCGAUUAUCUCAGGGUGCAAGCGAACCAUCUUCAUUCCUGCAAUGGCAGAAGGAGAUGAAGGAGAGGGAUCUGCAGGAGGAACUGGCAGAACUGGAGCGCCGAAGACUAGAAGGACGAAUCAGCUACGAAGAGGCCGUUCUUGCCCGGGAGCGGGUUUUGAAGCGUAACUACCAUAAAGCUCAGGAGACAAAGGAGGAGACUGCAGAGCUCAUGCGCAAGUAUGCAGAGAAACGGCUGAAGGAGGAGAAGGAAAUGAGAGAGCUGGUGCAGCAAGUGGCUGAUGGUCACAAGAACUCCAAAGCUGCCAAAGCUAAGCUCCAAGAAAUCAAACAAAUGAUAGUUAAGGAGGUCUCAGAGCAGAGCAGGGAUCUCCUCAGCCAGGCUUUGGAGGAAGCCCAGGCUGAACUGAGCAGGAAGAUGGAGCUCAUCCGUCAGAUUCAUGCUUUUGAGUCAGUCUCUAUGGUCAGACAAAAGUUUAUUGAUGAAACUGAGACUGCGGGUCAUGAUUUGCUUUGUGAGAUGUCUCUGGCGGAGCUAAGGGAGCGUUUGGCUCUCCUGAGAGAGUCAGAGCAGUGUGAUCUGGAGGACAGAAGACAGCGCAUCUUUCAGGAGAAACAGCUUAAAGAGCAGCUACUGCUGGAACAGCUGGACAACAUCGCUCUACGAAGAAAUCUGGCAGAGCAGGCUGCUUUGCUCAGUCAACAAGAAAAAAAGAUGAGAAGUGAACUGAGGGAGGCGGUCUUUAGAGAUGAGAGAGUCCUGGCUCUACAGAAGACCCUGGAACAGAAACAGCAGAAAAGACAAAAGAGAAAAACCGAAAAAAAGACUCUGAAGAAAAAUGAACAGGUGCUUCCUAUGACAUCGAAGACCUCCCUUAACAAAAAGCAGGUUUUUGAAGAACACCACUGGCAAGAGUUGGAGCGCAAUUUGGAACAACAGAUUCAUGGGGCCUUCCAGCAGUCCGUCUACAAAUAACUGCUGGUCAGAACCACCUUUUUUUUUUUUUUUUUUGA